AUGGAUGGCCACAUGGGAUUGGCUAACUCUUUAGCUUUAAAAUUAGUUGGAGUUACAAGUAAAUGGAGGUAUAAAUAUGGCCUCCAAGUUACAGAUAUGGAAAUUUUAUCUAAUAUGACUGUUCAAUCCGACAAAUAUGGCCUCCAGGUGGUAUUUGACUCCAUGCACGAGAGGCUGCGUACACAUGCUGAAUCUGUUGCUUCCUUUGGAGGUGGUGCUCGAGAAAAAGUGAUGAUUGAGUCAAGAUUUAAUGAGCUUCUUGCUCAUGCUAAAAUACUUCUGAGGAAGAAAUGGUUAUUUGGAGUACUGGAUGACUUUGUCACCAAACAACUACCCCACAAUGUUACUUGGGGAUUGAGCUUGUUAUAUGCUAUGGAGCACAAAGUUGAUCGUUCAUUGACUUCCACUCAAGGUGAGCUUGCACAAGCAUUGCGGUUUUUGGCAUCAGUUGUAUCUCAAAGCUUCUUGGCCUUUGGUGACAUCUUGGAGCUGCAUAGAAAGUUCAUCGAACUGUCUGGUGGUGUUCAUUGGAUUUUUGAACUUGAGGAACUUCUUGAUGCUACACAAUAUGAUGAAAAUGCCGGUACUUCAUCAAAGUCCAAUGAGGAAUCUAAGGAUGUUAUCUCUUUUUCGGAGGUUGAUAUUAUCACGCCAACACAGAAUUUAUUAGCCAGAAAGUUGACUUGCGAGAUAGUAUCAGGGAAAAGCCUUCUUCUUACCGGGUUGAUGAAAGCGAAUAGAUCUGAAGUUAGAAGAGGAAAAGAAAGCUCAAGCUGA